AUCAUUCAUGGUACCACGAGGAAGUGUUUUUAAAAGUUGCUUUUACAACUGAACUCUUAAUAAGCAAAAUUAAACACACAAAAAAGACUCAGAUUUUAACAGACUCAAAGGAUAUAGAUGUCCACGAGCGUUGGAGGACGUGGGACUUUAAUUUCUAGAAUUAGGUCGGCCUUUUUUAUUAAUUCAGAGUAUAAGCUACAGAGAAUCAAUGAAUGGAUAGUAUGUUGUGAAGCUACACUGUGCUCCUGUGACUCUAAAGCAGCGCUGCGCCUUUAAAUAUGUGCGCUCCUCCCUCUCCUCAGUGACAAGCCCGCAGAGCCUCUUUAACGCAUCCAGUGGAAAUGACAAACCAGAGGCGCACCACGGGCCAAGCAUGUCCAGUAAUAACAAUAAGCAUGGGCUUUAGCAUCAUCGGCUCACCCGGCUCUCACAUCCCGAGAGAGUAACGAGGCUCAUUUGGGCCGUUUCGUCGCUCUGCGGACGCGUCAAAGUUGGAGCGAGCUCACCGAAUGGACGGUCGAUGGACUGGAGUCAAACCUCCGCUUCAAUCGGACUGAAGGAAGGAGGGAAAGAAACCUCUGCAUGUUCAAGUUUCCUGCUCCCACCGGAGGGGCAUCGCUGCGUGUGUGUUGGAUGUGUGUGCGCGCGUGUGGAAGUGUGUGUUGGGUGCGUUGCGCCCUCAGGAACAGCGGCAGGAGCAGCGGUGGCGUUGGUGGUGGUGGCCGCGGGAAGGGAAGUUUAGCGCCGUGAUUUUUUUUUCUUUUUUUUUCUUUUCCUUUCCUCUGUUCUGUUGUGUUGUUCUCAUGUCACAGCAGGCGACGGGAGGAUUAACGUUUCACUGAUGAGAAUUAAUCACUCGUGGGGAUGCUCUGUGAUCGUGACUAUGACGAUGAUGUCGAGUAAGAGCGUGGAGUGGCUGCAGGAGGAGCUGGAGUCCGGGGCCAGCUCUCUGCUGUUGCUGGACUGCAGACCCCAUGAGCUGUACGAGUCCUCGCACAUCGAGUCGGCCAUCAACCUGGCCAUCCCGGGCCUCAUGCUCCGGAGACUGAAAAAGGGGAACCUCCCCAUUCGCUCCAUCAUCCCCAACAACGAGGACAAGGAGAAAUUUGUAAAGAGGUGCAAGACGGACGUGGUGGUGCUGUACGACGAGGCGACCUCGGAGCGGCAGGAGUCCGGGCUGGGAAGCUCCGUGCUUGGGCUGCUCCUGCAGAAGCUCCGGGACGACGGGUGCAAGGCUUUUUAUCUAGAGGGAGGCUUCAACAAGUUCCAGUCAGAAUACCCAGAGCACUGCGAGACCAAUUUGGACUGCUCCUGUCCCAGCAGCUCCCCACCAGCCUCCGUCCUCGGUCUCGGAGGGCUCCGCAUCAGCUCCGACUGCUCAGAUGGGGAAUCGGACCGCGAGCCGGGCAGCGCCACAGAGUCGGAGGGCAGUCCGCUCCCCAACAACCAGCCAGCGUUCCCCGUCCAGAUCCUGCCCUACCUUUACCUGGGCUGUGCCAAAGACUCCGCCAACCUGGAUGUGCUCAGCAAGUACAAUAUCAAGUACAUCCUGAACGUGACGCCCAACCUGCCCAACAUGUUUGAACACGAAGGGGACUUCAAGUACAAACAGAUUCCCAUCUCCGAUCACUGGAGCCAAAACCUCUCUCAGUUUUUCCCUGAGGCCAUUUCUUUCAUAGACGAGGCGCGCUCCAAAAAGUGUGGCAUACUGGUCCACUGCCUGGCCGGGAUCAGCCGCUCCGUCACCGUCACCGUGGCUUACCUGAUGCAGAAGCUCAACCUGUCGCUCAAUGACGCCUACGACUUUGUGAAGCGGAAAAAGUCAAACAUUUCCCCGAACUUCAACUUCAUGGGCCAGCUCCUUGACUUUGAGCGGACGCUAGGUCUCAACAGCCCCUGUGACAACCACUCGAACUCGCCGACGCACGACCAGCUCUUCUUCACCACCCCGACCAAUCACAACGUGUUUCAACUGGACACCCUAGAAUCCACAUGAAAAUGAGAGUCUCAGUUUCAUGUGGAUUGCCCCCAUUGCAACUUACGAGGAUUUGGGGUGGGGGGCAUGGUGGUAUGGUUACCAUGUCUGCAAGUGGCUGCACUGCAGGAGAGCAGAGUUUUAAUGAAUGUUUUAGCCUCUUGAGGCUCGUUGUCCGAGAUCCUGACCAUGGAGCAGCGUUGACGUGUCAGGAGGAGUCACGGAUGCCACGUUAAAGGGUUUUGGGGGGGGUUUUCAACCCAGAGAAGGAUGCUGUGGGUUAACAAAGCUGUUCUCCCUUAUCAGCUUGUAAACGAAGAACGAGGGAGGUUUAACUUGACUGAGAAACUAAAUGAUUGCAGCAGGACAGAAAGCUUAAUACAAAGAUAGGAACACGGAAAAUCUUUAGCGCUUGAUUUAUAAGAUGACUGCAUCCUCCUUGUCUCGGCUCUCGAGCCGAGGUGACUGGUGCCAAGUGGAAAAGCUGGGAUUUACUCAUAGGAAAUCUCACUCUACUGAAUGUAGAGUUUUUAAAAACCAAGGAAUUAACUCUCACACACACACACGAUAUAAACACAGUAUGUAUGUUUGUACUGUAUGUAUGUUAACGUACAUAGCAGAAAAUGUAUGGGCAGUCCUUAACAAAUUCAGUAUGUCUAUAUGCAUUUUUGUAUAUUUUCUAUGUACAUUUACGCACAGAUCUAUACCUUAUAUAUAAAUAUAUUUAUCUCAAGCCAUAUAAAUAAUGGCUUAAGAGAUUGUAAAAUUAAAGUGGAAUGGGUUUUUA